AUGGCUGUGACGACACCAACCAUGGAGACCGUUGUCACCGAUGCUGAAGAGGAUCCGCUGUCAUCUCGCAUAUCACUGGAAAUUUCAUCGGCCGCCGAACUGAUCGCGCUCGCCGCGCUGUCGAGUGCACUACCAGCCGAGUCGAGAGCAGGUCCAGCGGCACUGGAUACCGUGUCGACAGCUCCGUCGACCCAGCUUCCAGUAGCAUUUGCAGCGGAUUCAGCAGCACUAGCAACUGUAUCGGCGGCACCACUGACCCAGCUUCCAGUCGCGUCCACGGCAGGUGAAGCUGCGUUGGCUGCAGCGUUUGCUGCAUUGGACACCGCACUUCCAGCAGUAUUUGCGGCUGAUGUCACGUCACUCACGACGUCGGCAGAGACAACGGCAGCGAAGACUGCGAUGGCGAGGCAGGAGAGGAAGCGAGUCAUGUUGAGCGGUGGUGUAGUAGUUGUUGUUGAGCUGUUCGCGCUUGGAGGCAAAAGUGAAAAUGGAGGAAUUGGUUGGGUCUCUGCAAUUGCCUUGCAAGCUUCGCUCUUACGCUGGAUUUCCGCUGCAACAGUCCAGCAGUGCUGGAGUCCAACCUGGACAAAACUCAGUUUGUGGACGCCAGCGCAUUUUUUGCUGGACGCCCAUGGUCUGAGACAUCACUAUCUGUUCUUUUCGUCUGUGUAG